AUGCAACCCUAUGGAACUUCUGGGAGGCACAAGGAAGCGUAUAGUACUUCAGGGAGGAAUAAAGAACCGUAUAGUACGUCGGGUAUGAACAAGACGCCGUAUGGUACUGCAGGGAGGAACACAGAAGCGUUUGGUGCUUCUGGAAGGAGUACAGAAGCUUUUGGCACUUCUGGGAAAAAGCAUAAAGUGUACGAAGAUAGAGUAAGAAGUCCUCCCGAGAGUUACUGCACAGUAGAAGAUCAAAGAAGGAACCACGAGUACGAGGACUACAACUAUGGCAGUUACUACGAGGAGCCCCCUGCUUUGCCGAAGAGAAAUCGGCCUCCAGCUGUGGUAAGGACUUCUUCUGUUUAUAUUGUUUUAGGCUAAAGGUAAUAGUUCAAAAGCUAUAUCUUAGAGAGAUCAAUAGAUGUAUACUAUCCAGUGAUAGCAUAUAAAAUAUUAUACUUUGGCCAACCUUAUGGUAAUACACAUAGACAAUAUUUCAGCCCUCAUCUGUGCAUUCCCUUUCUCCACGAUCGCUCCCAACACCGUUAGCUCACUCCACACUGCAGCGGCUUCAUUAUCCCGAAGAUCGUCGCAAACAGGUGAGAGUAAAUUGCCGCGCCAUUCUAUAGUAACAUUCUAUAAUUUCUCUUUCGCCUCAGGUCAUCGCACGGUUUCAUUUUGUGAAUUUCAUAUUGCGUAACUUCAGGAUUCGUGUUCCAAGUCGGGAAUGGUCGGAGCCGGCUUCGUUGUCAUCACUCUGGUCACGAUCGUCGCCGUAGUGUUGGUACUAUGGCAUGCACAAGCCAAAAUGGCGCACAAUGUGGAAGAGGUGGAGGAUAAAAGUACACAGAGGUUGAUUCAGAAUGAUGUCACCACUGUCAAAAGCCCUCAGGCAGUACGGUCGGAAUUCGUGAUUAGUCCCAACUAUCUGGUGACAUUGAUCAUCACCAAAAGGAAGGUGUGCUUGUUCGAGGUGACUAAUAGUGAGGCCAAGCAGAGCGAGUAAGUUUACCUAAUGAACCUUUUUGGGGGCGGGGGUAUAAGCGUAUUUUGGAUAACAUUGAUCAAUAUAAUGGUGGUAUUACAGCUAAAAGAACAAAAUUACUUUCAAAGUGUUAUAUUAUAUAUGUAAUGUCAUCGUAUAUCAUCAUAAUAUAUCAUCGUAUUUUAGAGAAGACUUCAUAGAAGAACACAUACAGUCAGCUCAGUUACUUUACUUUUCCAAUUUGUCUCAUAGUGGCGUACCAGUACAUCCUCUUCAAUUCCAACGUCACAUACGACGAUUGGGAGUGGAUGAGGAUUGUCAUGUCGUGCUGUACGAUCGAGGCCAAGUCAUUUGGUCUACUUACGCUUUCUGGAUCUUCAAGGUAAAGAUUGUUUUAAAAGUAAAUAGAAGCUAACGGUCAAUACCCAUCAUAACAUAGUAGAACUAUGUACAUGUAAGUAAUUUGAUGACAUUUCCAGUUGUUCGGCCACGAAAAGCUGUCAGUACUAAAUGGUGGAUUUGCUGAAUGGAAGAUGCUGUCAACUCGACCAAAAACCUUGUACAAGUUGGACAAGGGACCUUCUCCUGUCUUGUCCUCAGGAAAUUUCAAAGCACGAUGGGAUUCUGACUUGAUUAUGACAUUCGACGAUGUCAUCGUCAACUUUGAUGAACGGACUCAUGAUAUUGUUGAUGCUCAAAAUGAAGAUGUAAGUAGCUUUUGGAUACUUUUUAGUCGAAAACGUUGUAAAAUAUUAUAUUUAUGUCUAAAAAGUAACGUCAAGUUUGAAUGUUACAGUAUAAUAAAAAAAUUAUCUUUUCUACGUAAUUUUUGACCAAAGUAAACGUUCAGGAAUACAAUGGCAAGAUAGAUGGUGCCGUGUUUGGCCAUAUGCGAGGCUCAGUCAACAUACCCAUAGAUGCUGUAUACGAUUGGCACAAUAACACCUGGCCUAGUGAUUAUCACCAACGAGAAUUCUUUACCUCCAAAGGACUGAAUACCUCACGACCAGUGUUCAUAUACGAUGGAACAUCACUUCGAUCGACCAUGGUAUGGUUCGCGUUGGAGAGGCUACGGUACCAGGCUUCUAUUUACUUUGGGUCGUGGCCUGAAUUCGUGAUUCGGGCUCCAGACAUUCUGAAGAUUCUGCCUGAUGGAGCCAUGACUCCAUAG